GUUUAGAGUUAGAAAGAAACAUUAUUCAUGAAGUUGUUUUGAAUCUAUGCGCUUUUAAUUUUAAAGUCUCGACCGGAAAACCUGUGUUUUGGUUUUGGUAACUAGGCAACGAGACGCUUCAUACCGGAGGAAUCGUGUUUUUUUCCCCAGAGUUUUUCGUAUGUUUAUAAACUAAAUAAAUAUUUAGCUUUAGGAUCUGGUCCUAAACCCGUUAUUAAAGGAGCUGACAUUGUGGUAAUGUGUGUUGGUUAAUCGAGUUGCAUUUUUUUUUUUUUUUUCAUUCCUCACUCGUUUGCUAAUUCAGCUAUAAACUAAGUUUCCCGUUGGCGGUAAUUUAGCGUCUGGCUAAACCGGCGAGAAAGCUUUCUGAACAAGUCAAAACCAGGAUUAAACAUCAUGUCAGAUGCUGGAGGUAAGGAGCAAGGGCCUUCCACAAGCGACCAAUUUAAAAGUCAUCAUGGCGGUCGACCUGCAGGUCAAGAUGAAGAAGAGAAGCAGAGAAAAAGAUGCGACGAAUCACCGGCGAGGGCAAGUGAAGGGAAAGGUGAAACGAAGCCUGGCAUACUUAAGAUGACUGGACAGUCUCAAGUCUACACUGCAACCAAAGACACGCUUUUCCAGAAGAAGGACACUCAGGCUGCAAGACAUGCAUUGUCACUUGAAUGGGUCUACGGGAUGAAUCCUGUUCUUCCUGUCAUCACGCUGCAAGACCAUGACCAGUUGGUGGUCCUCUACGCUGGAGCUCACACCGGGAUCAUAUACAAUCACACCACAAACUCACAGCACUUACUUGAGGGUCACGCCAACCCCAUCUCAUGUAUGUGUGUGAGUGAAGACAGACGCUGGAUUGCGACAGCAGAUCAGGGGUCAAACAGCCUGGUGAUGAUAUGGGACUCCUACUCUGGUAUUCCUGUACUCACAUUAUUUGAUUGCCACACUGACUGGGGCGUUGCUGCAAUGGCAUUUUCAAGCGACACAAAACAUCUGGUGACUCUCGGGGCUGAACAAGUUCAAUGUGUGCGUAUUUGGGAUUGGACCAAUGAAACACAAAUGCCUCUGUGGUUUACUGAACUCAACCCUGCACAUGGUUUUAUGGAUAACAUCAAGUUUAGACCAGACGAAAGCUCACAGCUGCUCAGCAGCAGCAAAACACAUGUGUUAUUCCUCAACACCGCACAGGGGAGUCUGCAGUACACUGUCCUACAGCUCAAGAAAUUCAUUGAAGCUGCCCGUAGAAGGGAUGCUGCUGAAUUAUUUGACUCUCGUCCUGAUCCUGAUCCCGCUGAAACUCAAAACCUGGCAAAGGUGUCUCUGAAUCGGUCUGUGUUUCACCCAAGAAACCCUCAGAUCCUGACAGGCGCUGGAAGCAGCCUUGUGGUGUGGGAUGUAACGAGAAAUCUAGCUACAGAUAAGUGCGCACUAAUUCCUCUCCAGCGACACUCGAUCACUGCCAUCACCGUAACUGACAGCUUUAUCAUUACUGGUGAUAUUCGAGGCCAAAUCCACUUUUAUGACGAAGACUUCAAGUUUCUCACUUUGUACAAUACAUUCAACCUGGAUGCUAUUGUUUCCAUUUCCUUUUCCAAAGAGCAUACAGAAGGGUUCCUGAAAGACUGUGUUUUGAAGGACAAACCCUCAAUUAUCAGGAACUUCGUUGUGUCCACAGCCAGCUCCUUAGUCGUACAUGUGAAUAUAGAGACCCUCCGUUCUCACAUCCUGCUGCAUGAGUAUCACGAGUCUCUAGAUGCAGUCGCUUGCCAUCCCAGUCAACCGGCUGUGGCCAUGGGCAACCGCAGGGGCAUUUUAAAAGUGUGGGACUAUAACAACAAAGUUAUCAUUGGCAGGAGGGUCUUUGAGACUGAGAAGCAGAUUCAGUGUGUCACUUUUGACCCCCAAGGAUUGUACCUCGCAGUUGGCUUCGGCAGUGGAGCAGUUCACAUACUGAAUCCUACCUCUUUAAAGAGUGAUCCCGAGGAAUGCUUCCAUCACACUAAAGACAGCAUCCAGCACAUCACCUUUUCCUCAGAUACAAAGUAUCUUGCCACUGCUGAUGCCGGAGAAGCGGUGACCGUGUUCCGCUUACGUACUAGUAAAGGCUCUUUGCCUCGUUGGACGUAUCUGGGCAGAUACUUCUCUCACUACAAGCCCAUCAAAGACCUUCUUUUUGGGGUUCACCUGGACAGCACCCAACCCAGACUGCUCUCUUUGGGAAAGGAUCGCAGACUGGUGGAGUACGACCUGGAAAACAGCGAUGUGAACCAGCUCAUCAUCUCGAGCUUGGACCGCAUUGAACAAAGUGCUGUGCCAACGUGCAUGACGUGGUAUCCUCCCCUCACACCAGAGCAGUUUCUUCUCACUGCAUCAGACCAAUACAAGAUGAAGCUCUUCAACAGCACCACAAAGAUGUGCAGUAAGACUCUUCGUGGCCCGACAUAUGGCUCUCCCAUCAAGCGAAUGGUGGUUCUUCCCAAGUCUAAAGAACAUGAGAAGAACUCUUACUACAUGGUUUACAUCACAGAGGACAAGGUGGGUCUCCAGAUGCUGCCUCUGGAUGGGAACCCCUUCAGGUCCAGUGCUCGGAUCUGCCACCCAACAGGAGUGUCCACUUUUGCGUGUUCCUACGAUGGCAAAUUUGUUUUUACUGCAGGGGGUCCUGACUGCACCGUCCUUUCAUGGGAAAUAAACACCAAUGUGUUGGAAGGUGCUGCUGCAUUGGGUGGAAAGGACAUGGAGCCUUUUUACAGUCUUUUAAGCGGAGGAAGAGACGGCAAGUUCUACAGAGUAAUGGAGGACUUCUUUUACUUUUGCCAAAUCUGUCAUCAUGGCACUGACUUGAUGAAGAAAAAUGUGUCCAACAAAAUCCCCUUGUCAGAGGUUCCCUUUCUAGUGCGGGCUUUGGGCUACUUCCCUUCUGAACAAGAGGUACAGCACAUCAAACACAGAAGCACUUUAACUCACAAAAACUUUAAUGGCUGUUCGCUGUGUUAUUUUCACCAGAUAGAAAACAUGCAAAAUGAGGUCAAGUUCAGCAAGUAUGCCACAAGUGGAAAAUAUGUGACCGAGAUUAACUUGGAGGAGUUUAUCAGGCUGUAUGUAAACCACCGGCCAGCCUUCGGCAUGUCCUGCACUGAGCUUGUUCAGGCUUUUCGUAUCCUUGGUGAAGAUGACGGCACAGGACAUCCUGUUCUGCAGAGACAUAAGCUCCUGGAGCUUCUGCAGGUUCGAGGAGAACAAAUGACGGAGGAAGAGGUGGCAGAGUGUUUCACAACGCUUUUGGGUCUCAGUGAAGAAGAGGAAGAGGGAGACAAAUCUGACAUGUGUACAGGUGGAGAUCCAGAAUGUUUACUGGAGUGUGCCAUCCCGAAUGAGAUAUCUCUGGAGACAUUUACACACGACAUCCUGGGCCUCCCGUCCACAGUCGAGCAAAGUGACAGGUCUUCCCCUCCAGAGUGAUGGGAGCAGUAACCUGUCUGCUAUGAAAUGCAGUGUUGACUACAAGGCUUUAACCCUCUGCAUGAGAUCCUAUUUAGUGUUAAAAUGUGAAUAUGUAUCUAUGUUAACAUGGAACAUGUUUUGUUUGGGGGAAAAAACAGGUAAACACAUUAAUCAAUAAGUGCUUUAACUUUUAAUGCUCAUUGACGUUAAGUAAGGUACUUUUUAUUUAGAUAUUUCUGUUCAGUUAUGUCAUUUUCAAAUGUAUUUUCCAAAUAAAGGCAUUUCAAAUCA